AUGUAAGGUAAUCAAGGUUCUUAGAAAAAAGAUAUUGAAAUUGGUUCCUGUCCAUUUUCUGAUGCAAUGAAACCACCAAAAGGCCAUGAAAAAUAUACUGAUAAAUCAAAGUGUCCGUUCCAACAAAUGCAGCAAUAACCUGAAAUCAAAAUAACAGACGGCAGUGCUGAGAAGAAGAAAGAAAAGAAGGAAAAGCAACCUAAAGGUGGAUGUCCUUUUAUGUCAAGUGAAAAAAAAAGAAAUCCGCCUCUUGCUCAUCUUGAAGAAUAAUACGACACCUAUUAUAUCAGUCCGCUCAAUUAUCUUCUAGAUACUAGAGGAUUAUGGAUGCUUGCUUUCGAUUCUAAAGAAGUUAAAAAAGGUCCAAUCAAAGACAGAAGAAAAUUAUUCGAUUCUUAUCCUAUUUAUUUGAAAAGCACCUUAUUUCAUGACGACGAAAAUACUAAAAAGUUGAGAUAAUGCGAAGUUGCUUAAAGAUUUUUUGUUUAUGACAAGUUUAGAGAAAAGGGCAACAAAUUAUUAUAAAAAUAAGAGUACGAAGAAGCAAUUCGAUACUAUGAAAGAGCACUAGGUUGCUUUAGAUAUUUGGAAGUAGUAGAACCACCUGAAGUGGACAGCGAAGAAGAAGACACUACAUAAGACACAACUAAUUUGACUGAAAAAGAAAAAAAGGAGUUUGAAGACAUGAAAACAUCUGCUAAACAAUACAGAAAAGAAUAAAAAGAGUUCAAAAAAUAAUAUAAAUCAUUGAUGACAAUAUACACAGAUGAAAAUGUUAAAUAUAGAGGAGUUGAACAUAUUGAAGAUGAAGCUGAUAAGGAGAUGUGCAAUUCUAUUAUGUAUGGUCUAUACUUAAACAUGUCUGUCUGUUAUAUGAGAAUGUCCCACUUUGAUUUAGCUAGAAAGAUCUUAGAUGAUGCUGGUCAAAUUUAAAAAGAAAAUUCUUAAUAUCUUUUCAGGUAUUCUCAAGCCAUUCUUUAUGAUAAAUGGUCUACAUAUAAGGACUUAAUCAGAGCAAAGGAAUUGAUUGAAAAAGCCAUCAAUUUAUCUAAUGUUGAAAAUAUCUUCAAAUAAGGUCCAGGAAUACUUAAACUAAUGGGUUUGGAAAAUGCAAAAGAAAUUUAUGUUGAACAUGCUCACAAAGUCAUGGAAUCCUUAAAAAAGAAGAAAUAGUGGGUCAUUGAUUUGAUUGACCCUGUGUUCUAAAGAGCCAAAGAAAUAGAUGAAAUCGAAUAAGAAAUGAUUGAAGAUGGCAAAGUACCGUAUGAAGAAGGUGUUACAGAUGUUAUUGAUCCUGAAGAUAUGAUUCAGUAGUAAUGCGAAACAUAGAAAUAAUUUUUGUAUCGAUUAUGCAUGCCUUAACUAACUCAAGAACAUUAGGAAUACGAGAUUGUUAAAGAGAUGGUCAACAAAUAUUAUAGAAUCAUUGAGUUCUAUGCAGAAUAAAAGAAGUAUGAUUAAGUUAAGAUUGCGAAAUCUGAACUAUAAAGGUUAUUAGAAACUGUCCAAACUAUGUCAUUUUUUAUGAAUUUAGAUUUCAUUGAUUAUGAUAAUGACGAAUAACUCUAAGAAUUGGCUUAAAAAUAUUAAAUCAAUUUCUCUGAUAAGAAAUAUAUUAGAAGAUUUAUUCGAAUUUGUAGGGAAUAAGUUACUGAACUCUUUGGAUAAGGCAAAUUCAACUUUGAAGUAUUUGAAUAUGCUAUGAAUGAUUACUUUAAAAAGAAGAGAGAACAAGAAGAAAGAGAUAAAGAAGAAUAUUUAAAAUAACAUCCUGAACCAGUUAAACCAAACUAGUAACCUUCCUUUUUAAAGAAAACUCUUUUCUCAUCCGAAUUUUGGAUGCAAAUGUUUGUUUUGUUAUUAGUUAUGGCAGGAAUGUACUACUUUAAUAGUAAUACAGGUUUCGUUGGUAAAUUAUUUUCCCUUAAAAAAUGA